AUGGGCGUUCGCUUGCUGCAUGCGCCUCUUUCUCCGUAUGGAGUGAAAGUGAAACUGGCCCUUUAUCUGAAGGAUGUGCCAUUCACAAUCGAAAAUACGAUGCCAACUUCUCUGGCAAAGUCAAAUCCCAGAGCUGAGGUUCCCAUCUUGUUGGAUGGAGAACUUGUGAUUUAUGACUCUGGUGUCAUUGUGAACUACCUCGAGGAUAAAUAUCCUUCUCCUAGCCUGUUUCCUAAAUCUGCCGCACAGAGGGCCAAGUGUCGCAUCGUCGCCGAUGUUUGCGAUACGACCAUUGAAGCUAUAUUUUGGGGCAUGAAUGAAAUCCUGGCCUUCAAGCGUGCUAGUGGAGAGCAAAGAGACAAGAUGCUAGCAACGGCUCGCCAGCAAGCAGAUCAGUACUUUGACUGGCUGUCUGCACAGCUUGGGAAUGACGAGUGGUUUGGAGGUGAAGACUUUGGUUACGCUGAUAUAUCAGUGGUUCCGCAAGUAAUUACGGCUAGUGCUUUCCGCAUAACACCAAAGCCAGGCUCAAAUCUUGCAAAGUGGUGGGUGCGUGCUCAAAAGCGAACAAGUGUUGCUAGAGUUCUCGCUGAAACAAUCGGGGAGCGUGACACGAUGAAGAGAGCUGCAGCCAGUGCCGCUACAAACACGUCCUUUAAACGCCAAUAUCGUGACCACAGGUUGGAAUGGAUGGUUCGAUCGGGAGGAGCGAGUAUUUUGAUGGAAGGGUUGAAGAAGGGCAACGUUCGAUUUACAUCAGACGAGGCUUUUGGAGCUGGGGUGGGGAGUGCCUUCUCGCUUUUGAGAGACUUCCUCAACACAACAAGAAGGAGAAAUGACCAGACCGACAAUUAUAAAUCAUCAUCAUCUCCAAGUCAGGCUCAGGAUGGCACUUUGGACACAUCAACAAUCUCAAAACGAAAGCCUCUCUUUGGGCUGUUUGUCUCAUCUGCUACCGAGACUGCCGACACCACUGCCGAUGGAUUGUCGUCACUUAGCUUGCCACUAUCUAUAACCUCCUCUUCAACUUCCUCGUCGACAGAAAUCGAAUCUCCAAGCCAAAGACCGAAAUCCAUAUUAAAAAACCACAGCAGCACACCGUCACUUCAGUCCUCAGAUACAUCCUCAUCCGACACACUACAGAAAUCAAUGAAUAGAACACGUACAACAAGAUGGCUAGAUUUGCAAAAGAGACAGAACUAUACGACGAACGAUCAAAGCUCACACGACUACUAUAAGAAUAAGACAGAAGCUGAUCAUCAUAUGGACAAGGAAACACUGAAAGCUCGGCAAGUCGGAUCCGUAUCAGAAGGCUGUAGCAUCUUGAACCCAUCGCAAGGCUGUAAAAAGUCACCGUGUCUCUCAAUGUCAUCUGCAGGCCACAAUUCCCAUAAAAAUAGGAAUAGCAGGUUACCGUAUACUCCCAGAAUGUCGUUGGAUCCUGCCAAAGUGCAUCACCCUCGGCUCCGACGUAUGCAACAAACCCUGUAA